AGUCAACGCUCCCUUCUUCCUUUCACAUUCGAAGCGCUUAUAAAACAAAAACAAAAGUCCGCCAUUAACAAUAUCUCCAACCAUGGAGGUUCCUUAUCUAUACAUUUCCUUGCUACUGCUGAUGGCUUCCUACCUUUUCACAUCCACCUUCCGUCGCAAAUUCUCCGAUCUCCCACCAACCGUCUUCCCAACCCUCCCCAUAAUCGGCCACCUAUAUCUUUUGAAACCACCAAUGUACAGAACCUUUGCCAAACUCUCCGCCAAGUACGGUCCCAUCCUUUUCCUCCGCUUCGGAUCCCGCCGUGUCCUCUUGGUCUCCUCUCCAUCCGCAGCCGAAGAAUGCUUCACCAAGAACGACAUCGUCUUCGCCAACCGCCCUCACAUGCUAUUCGGCAAGAUCAUCGGCAACGACUACACCAGUUUCGUUUGGGCGCCCUACGGCGAUAACUGGCGCAACCUCCGCCGCAUCGCUGCAAUCGAGAUCCUAUCUAUUCAUCGUCUCAAUGAGUUCCACGACGUACGCGUAGAUGAAGGCAGGUUCCUAAUUCGUAAACUGCUUUCUCAAUCGUCCGCGGUGGAUCUGAAGUCGGUUUUCUAUGAGCUGACGUUGAAUGUUAUGAUGAGGAUGAUCUCCGGGAAGAGGUAUUUCGGCGGCGAUUUGUCGGAGGUGGAGGAAGAAGGGAAACGGUUCAGGGCGAUACUGAAAGAGACUUUUUUGCUCUCCGGUGCUGCCAAUGUUGGCGAUUACUUACCCUUUUUGAGUUGGUUCGGAGUGAAGGGAUUGCAGAAGAAAUUAAUUGCUUUGAAGGAACAGAGGGAUGUGUUCUUUCAAGGCUUGAUCGAACAACUUAGAAAACCCAAAGGGGAAAACAAGAAGAAGACGAUGAUUGAACUUCUAUUAUCUCUACAAGAAUCAGAUCCCCAAUACUACACCGAUGAAAUGAUCAGAAGUUUCGUUCUGGCAUUAUUAACAGCUGGCACAGACACGUCAGCAGGAACAAUGGAAUGGGCUAUGUCACUUCUAUUAAACCACCCACAAGUUAUAAAAAAAGCACAAACCGAGAUCGAUACAGUCAUUGGUACAGACAGACUUAUUGAUGAAUCAGACGUAAUCAACCUCCCGUACCUCCAUUGCAUUAUAAAUGAAACCCAACGGUUAAAACCCGCGGGCCCGUUACUCGUCCCUCACGAGUCAUCAGAAGAAUGUAUUGUUGGGGGAUAUAAAAUCCCACAUGGCACAAUGCUUCUUGUCAAUCAAUGGGCCAUACAUCAUGACCCGAGUAUAUGGGUCGACCCGGAAAGAUUCGACCCAGAAAGAUUUGAAGGGCUGGAAGGGACAAGAGACGGGUUUAAGUUGAUGCCAUUUGGGUCUGGAAGGCGGGGCUGUCCUGGGGAAGGGUUGGCGAUGCGGGUUAUGGGGUUGACUUUAGGGUUAAUGAUUCAGUGUUUUGAGUGGGAAAAAAUAAGUGAAAAGAUGGUUGAUAUGACUGAAGGUCUUGGGCUUUCCAUGCCUAAAGCUGAACCCCUUGUAGCUAAGUGUAAACCACGACUAGAGAUGAAGAACUUACUGUCCCAACUGUGAAAGCAAGCUGUGUUUGCUUUGAAACUAUACAUAUUUGUAAUUUUGUAUGAUAAAUUGUUAUUGAAAUCACUACAUCAUUUGUCAAUCUGUAAGC